AUGUCUCCACCUUGCAAAAUAUUCAUCCUUAUAUUUGGGCUGGUUACCUUAAUUACCCACGCCUUGGACACAACAAACCAGGUAAGGUUAUAUCUUUUAUAUCUUUUACCAUCAAUUAGUAAAGUACAAAGUGAUAAAGAUAAAGUAAUUUAGAAAGUAGUAAAGAAUAAAAGUGACGAGAAAGCACUUGCAAAGAACAUUCUUAAGUAUAAGUCCCGAAGGUGACCAACAUCAAUUUUCUCGACAUUGUAUCUGUCAUACUUUAUUUUUUAAAGUAGUCCCUCCCUCUCGUUGGAAGUAAUCGGAUUUUUUCUUCUCAGCCGCCUGUGUCACCGCCUGAAAAAUGAAACAUCUUUCUCAGCAUAAAUUUUCUCCCCCAAAUAUCAAUAAAUCAUCCAGAAAAAACGGUCACGAGAAAUUAUUAAGAUGAUCACCAAAGGGAAAACUGCUUUGUUUUUUUUUUAGCAAAAUCCCUUAGCUCAUUCUCUAAGGAAAUGUAAAGAAAUCAGUCUGGAGAAUUUGAAUGAGAAGCUCAGUAAGAGAGAUAUCAUCAUCGUCCAAUGGAGUGUAUUAGUAUUUAUCCCGAUUCCUCCAUGAUAUUGAACUAUGCAAAUCAAUAUAUGACAAUGUGCUACUUAACAGGUUUUCGUACAUUUUAGAUUAUUUAUUUCUGCUUAUUAAUUCGUUUUUAUUUAUAUUGUCAUGGACAUUUUUUGACUUGUUUCAACAUGCGCUGAACGGGACUUAGAGGGAAAGCAUUUUUUUCGUUUGUUUGCGCCCUUUUUCUUAAAUAUCUUGCCAAGAGUUUCGUUCAUCAAAAAAGACUCUAUAAGUUGGAGUCUUUAGUUCACUAAUAUUUUGAGAAUAUUUGGAUGAUCUUUCAAAUGUUUUUAAUAAAUGGAAAUGGGGGGGGGGACGUAUUGUUAAAAAUUUUGGAAAAUUUAGGAAAUUGUAUUUGGGAGUUUUAAAAAAUAAAAUAUGAAGUGAAUACUUAGCAGACCAACACCAGACAGUCCAACACCACAGCAAGGUGCCUUUGAGCCCAUUGGCGGACUACGCUGCUUUAUGUUUUGUACCCUAAUUUAUUUGUUUUCCAAACAACAUCAUUCCCCCCCCCAAGAAACAACCAGGAUGCCACCUUCCAGAAGCUCAAAGCUCUCCUUCAAGUCAAAAGAAAGGCUACCCUUUCUCUUCUCUUGCUACUUUUAAAGAUACUAUAUCUGUAUCAUGCUUCACUUUUUUAAAGAAGUCAACAUCCCCCUGUAAUGGAGUACCCGGCAUACCAGGUACACCUGGGAUACCAGGCCGUGACGGGGCGAAAGGUGACCAAGGAAUGCCAGGAAAUACUGGACCCCAGGGACCUCCUGGCCCUACUGGUGCAGAAGGUGCUAGAGGGGAGCAAGGUGUCCCCGGUCCUAAGGGGGAGUCUGGAUCAAGUGGAAUACUGGCUAUCAGGAACUGGAGAGAGUGUGCUUGGAAAAACUUGGAUGAUAACAGGGAGUACGGUUUGAUAAAGGUAAGGUUAAACUGCAUCUACAUUAAAAUACCUCUUCGUUUUAUCUCUUGAAUUGCGAACAUCAGUGUCCAAUUCUCACAGUUUCUUUGCUAUGGCGACGACGUCCACCUUUUUGCAACUUAAGACCAUUUCAUUCUCAUCCGACACAGUCGAUACAUAAAUAGCGGUCGUUUAUCUUUGUUUUGGAACAAUGAACUUUGCUAUCAUUAGGAUCUCGUGUUUGGUCUCAUUUCGAAAAGCAAAAUGGUGCGGAAUUGCGGCACUUAUAAAGCAGAUUAGAUUGACAAGAACUUGACAUUUUUCUCUUUAUAUUGAUUAGUAAUAGAUAACUUCUAUUAGCAAAAAAGUUUUUUUAGCAAACAAAAUUCCAAAACACAGUUAAACAAUUUCAAACAAGUCGAAUAUUUCGUUCGAAUCACUCCAAGUUCAUUAGUGUUACGCAAAAGAAAAGUUGUUAUGUAUUCCCAUAAGGGAAUUGUCAACUUUGGCCGGGAGGUUUCACAUUAUCAGUAGUCUAACUACUAUGAUAACUCGUUUUAGCGAAGCUCCACGCGCGCGCGAAGCGUGCGCGUGCGGAGCCCUAUAGCUAAGUAAAUCGACCCAUCAUAGAAAAUUUGGUAAUCAUGCACGGGACCGUACAGCGCCCGAGCGACCGACCAUCCGUCCGGACCACAGGCACACCAACAUAAGAUAACUCAAUCAACAGGCAUGGCAACCGAAAUGUAACGGAAGAAAAUCACAUGGCCGCCCGGUUUUUUAAAGAGAAAAAAAUAAAAAACAAACAAACAAAGUCCUGUCUUUUUCGACGUUAUUUUUUUAUGUUUACAAUCACGUUGAUAACAGAGAAAGUGCUAGGAGACGAAUUUCGUUGGAAGAAAACCAUUCAGGUGAAAAUGAGCGGCAGUGAAAAAAUAAAAGCGAACAUGAACACAGGAAACAAAACCUUUGAUAAGCACAUACGACAACUCCUCCAUAAAAAUAAUGAGUAACUAGGACGCUUGACGUUUUAGUCGUACAAACGGCAUUGUAGUCGUGCAAAACAACGGCAAAGAAAGACAAAAAAAAGUGCUGCAAGUGCAAAUUUGUGUUUUUGCUAAUUAGAAAAAAAGUGUGCUGCAUGUGCAAAUUUUUCUUUUUUUGCUAAUUAGAUCUAUUGAUCUUGAUACCAUUUUCAUUGCCGUCCCCUUUUAGCAUUAGACGAUCUGUUUUUUUCCUUUUAUAAGUAUUAUUAACCAGCGUUUCGCUUUUAGCCCUGGCUAAAUCUAUAUAUUAUAGAUAAUUUGUAAUAAUAUAUCAAUAAGAGAAUCACUCGGCCGAAAUAGAUAUAUUCCUAUUGCUGUCGUUGCUUCAUUUCCUUACUUGUUGUUUUCUUGAUUGUCAUUGUAUAGGACUGCGUCUUCUAUAAAAACUUCUCUGAUACUGCUCUUCGUGUUUCCUGGACCGGUGCCUUUAGAGUCUACAAGUGUACAUCCUGUUGCAAACGCUGGUAUUUCACUUUCAACGGCGCAGAGUGUUCAGCUCCCUUAGCCAUUGACGGUAUUGUGUACGUGUGGCAAGGCAAAACUCAAGAUCCUCACCGCGUUCGCCAUAUUGAGGGGCAUUGUAACAACAUUCACAAAGGAAGGGUACGCGUGGGAUUCUGGGUUGGUAAUUGUCAACAUGGAGUCGCUGGUGAUGCCUCCACGGGCUGGCAGUCUGUGUCCCGGAUCUUCAUUGAAGAAGUUCCUAAAGCUCAGAGUUUGCCUUAAACUCCACAUCUGUAUACUGUAAUAGCCAACGUUCGAUAUAUUAAAAUUCUAUCACAACUCCGAGGCUUUAGGGUC